CCCAAAAGAGAUUAGAGCCUAUAAAUCAUGGGAACCCAUCUAAUCCAAAAUCAUCAAGUGCUUGCUUUUGAUUUUUACAGCUGCAGAAGACAGGCUUGGAUUAACAGCUUAAGCUCUUCACCAUUAUUUGAGGGCCUUAAUUUUGAGCUUCUUAAGUUGUUACUAAACAUGGCAAUGGCUUCUUCUGUCAAAGUGGUUCUAGGCUCAAUUGCCUUUGCAACAUUCUGGAUAUUGACGGUGUUUCCAGCUGUCCCUUUUCUGCCAAUUGGGAGGACUGCAGGGUCUCUUUUAGGGGCAACGCUGAUGGUUGUGUUCCGAGUCCUAACUCCGAAUCAAGCCUACGAUGCAAUUGAUCUUCCAAUCAUUGGACUUUUGUUUGGGACAAUGGUUGUGAGUAUCUAUCUUGAAAGAGCAGAUAUGUUCAAGUAUUUGGGGAAGUUACUCUUGUGGAAAAGCCAAGGAGCAAAGGACUUGAUAUGUAGAGUCUGUUUGAUUUCUGCCAUUUCAAGUGCUCUUUUCACCAAUGACACCGCUUGCAUGGUUUUGACCGAGUUUGUACUAAAAGUUGCAAGACAACACAACUUACCGCCUCGUCCAUUCCUGCUUGCACUUGCCUCAAGUGCAAACAUUGGGUCUGCAGCAACCCCAAUCGGCAAUCCUCAGAACCUGGUUAUAGCUUUUCAGAGUAACAUUCCUUUUGGAAAGUUUGUUUUAGGAAUUUUCCCUGCAAUGCUUGUAGGAGUUUGUGUGAAUGCUUUGCUUCUUUUGUGUAUGUUCUGGAAGUUGUUGUCUAUCCAGAAGGAUGUGGAAGACGCAACUGGAGAGGUUGUCGGGGAGGAGGAUGUGAUUUCUCAUCGGUUUUCACCAGCCUUCAACUCACAGGAAGACAAGAGUCUGCUAGAUUCUACAAAGUCUUUGGAAGGAAAGGAAAAUUUGACCACAAAAUGGAGAAGGAUGUUGUGGAAAUCUGGAGUUUAUUUUGUUACCAUAGGAAUGUUGGUUGCGUUUCUUAUGGGCCUGAACAUGUCAUGGUGCACGAUUACUGCUGCACUUGCUCUAGUUGUUCUUGAUUUCAAGGAUGCUCUGCCGAGCCUAGAAAAGGUAUCCUAUUCACUUUUAAUUUUCUUCUGUGGUAUGUUUAUAACUGUGGAUGGCUUCAACAAAACUGGCAUUCCAAGCACUCUUUGGGACUUCAUGGAGCCCCAUGCAAAAAUUGAUCAUGUUAGCGGAAUAGCAGUUCUUGCUGUUACCAUACUUGUACUAUCAAACGUGGCUUCAAACGUGCCAACUGUUCUCUUGCUUGGAGGACCAGUGGCGGCAUCCGCAGCUUUAAUAUCAGCAGCGGAUGAGAAGAAGGCAUGGCUGCUUCUAGCUUGGGUGAGCACCGUGGCCGGGAACCUCUCGCUAAUGGGAUCAGCAGCCAACUUGAUAGUAUGUGAACAGGCUCGCCAAGCUACACACCGUGCAUACAAUUUGUCAUUCUGGAGCCAUCUCAAAUUUGGGGUGCCGUCCACUAUUAUAGUCACUGCUAUUGGUUUGACACUGAUAAGAUGACAUUGGUGGUAAUAUAAGAAUUAGUUUGUGAAUUUUAUGCACAAAGAAGAAGAUCAAUAUUUUUUUUUUGAAAGGAAGAAGAAGAUCAAUAUUAGUUA